AUGUUAGGUAGGGAUGGCAAAUUUACCGAACCAUUGGGUUAUUGGCGUCACUUGAUCCGUGAUCUCAAAGACAUUCUUCAUGGGGAUACACAUUCAAAUGAUGCAAAUAGCAGCAAUAAAGGUACCAAUGGAAUUCUGCUAGAGUUCAAUUUGUCUACCAGCAGGAACAAUGCUACAGUUCAUACUGACUUGGGAAAUCAGAAGUGCCCACUUCUAGAGACAAAUAGAUUAGAAGAAAUAAUUUUUAGUGCUUUAGGGUAUGGAUCUUCAGGGUGUAAAAUGAGGAAUCCAGAAGAACUGAAGACAGAUAAACCGAAAGAACUAUCGAGUGGGAGGCCUCAGCAUUUGACUUAUCUCAACUUUGACGAGUUCCGGAACCUAACGAGACAAGGAAAAAGCAAAGUUGUGCCCAAGCAACUGGCUAACAUCACCCACCGGCUUGAGCCCGAUGGAAAAGAGUACAACUAUGCUUCUGUGACUAAGGGUGCAAAGGUGCUUGCAUAUAAUAAGGAGGCUAAGGGAGCAUGUAACAUACUGGGGAAGGAUCAUGAUAAGUACCUGAGGAACCCUUGUUCUGUGGUAGAGAAGUUUGUUGUGAUUGAGCUUUCAGAGGAGACACUGGUUGACGUUGUUAAAAUUGCUAAUUUUGAACAUCAUUCCUCCAAUUUCAAGGAUUUUGAACUAUCCGGAAGUUUAAAUUAUCCAACCGAAAUUUGGACUCCUUUGGGAAGUUUCGUGGCUGCAAAUGUCAAGCACCUUCAAGAUUUUAAACUGCCUGAACCCAAAUGGGUGAGGUAUUUGAAGCUGAAUUUACUUAGUCAUUACGGGUCAGAAUUUUACUGCACAUUGAGUGUUGUCGAGGUAUAUGGAGUAGAUGCAAUUGAGCGGAUGCUUGAAGAUUUCUUUGUGCCAUCUGAAGAACUUCUUCCCAUUGAAUUGCCGAAGCCUAAUUCAACUGCAGAACCACAUUUAAACUCAGAAUUAAGUCUAACUGACAAGGAAAGUACUGCAAAAAUUAGCAGUGGGGCUGACAAUGCUGGUAUGAGGACAGAGAUUAUAUCUGAUAUUCAACAAUCCAAUUCCAAUGUGAUGAAGAAUCCUGAGAGUAUAAGCGUGACUGCCAAUCCUGUAACUGAAGUUAGACAGAUACCAAUUGGCAGAAAACCAGGUGACGCUGUUCUAAAGAUCUUGAUGCAGAAGGUGAAGUCGCUUGAAUUAGGUUUAACUAUGCUUGAGGAGUAUAUCAAAGAAAUAAAUCAGAGAAAAGGAGAUAUUCUGCCAAAGCUUGAUGAAGAGCUAUCCGAGAUCUCGUUGCUUGUGGAGAAGAGCAGAACAGAAACUAGAGAUCUAAUGGAGUGGAGGGAGAACAUGGUACUGCUCGACUUCCAAAAAAUUCGAGAAGGAAUUUCUGCGAUUGCCUAA